AUGCCGGGUGAUGUGAUAAUUGGAGGGAUGUUUCCUAUUCAUUACAGAGUCGUAUCCUCAAAUUCUUCGUCCAGCACAUCACCGCAGUCUUCGGGAUGUGAAGGAUUCAAUUUCAGAGCUUUCCGCUGGGCCAGAACAAUGAUCCAUGCGAUUAAUGAAGUCAACCAAAAUGAUUCAAUUCUACCAGAUGUACAGCUUGGGUACACAAUCUAUGACUCUUGUUUUACUAUUUCCAAAGCUGUUGAAGGAACAUUGACUUAUCUGACCGGACAGGAUGAAGCUGUACCCAACUACCGGUGUGGCAAUGGAGCUCCUUUGGCAGUGCUGGUAGGAGCUGGUGGGUCAGCUCUCUCUAUUGCAACUGCCAGAAUCCUGGGACUGUAUUAUUUUCCUCAGGUGGAUUACUCAGCAUCUUGCUCAGUUCUCAGUGAUAAAUUUCAGUUUCCAUCCUUUAUCCGGACCAUACCAAGUGAUAUUUUCCAGUCCAGAGCAAUGGCAAAGCUUGUGAUACACUUUGGAUGGACAUGGGUGGGGACAAUUGCAUCAGAUGAUGACUAUGGGAAAUAUGGAAUUAAAAACUUUAAAGAGGAGUUAGAAAAGGUUGGCGUAUGCAUCUCUUUCUCAGAGACUAUCCCCAAAGUUUAUGCAAGAGAGAAAAUAGUUCAAAUUGUAGAUACAAUUGAGCAAUCAACUGCCAAAAUCAUUGCAGUCUUUUCUGCUGAUAUUGAUUUGAGCUCUUUAAUAGAAGAAGUAAUGCAACGCAAUAUUUCAGGAAGAACAUGGAUAGCUAGUGAGGCUUGGAUUAACUCUGCAUUGAUUUCCAAACCAGAAUAUUCCUCACUUUUAGGUGGAACUAUUGGAUUUGCAAUUCAACGAGCUGAUAUUAGUGGCCUACGUGAUCACCUCAUUCAAUUAGAUCCAAGAAAUUCUGGAGAAAAGCUGAUCACUGAGUUCUGGGAGCGAGCCUUUGAUUGCAUGUGGCCUGAACAUGGGGUGGAUGCCAAUGUAAAGAACAGAAUCCACAUUAUUCCCCCGCUUUCUCAGCGGCUCUGCACAGGAAAGGAGAAUUUGAAUGAAAUUGAGAACACAUAUAUUGAUGUAUCUCAGCUGAGACUGACAUACAGUGUAUACAAAUCCGUAUACACUGUGGCAAAUGCCCUUCACAAUAUGCACACAUGUAAGACCGGGGAGGGUCCAUUUGUUAAUGGAACAUGUGCAAACAUCUCAGAUUUUCAGCCUUGGCAGCUCAUGUAUUACCUGAAAAAUGUUCGGUUUAAGAGCCUUCUAGGGGAAGAAAUAUAUUUUGAUCAAAAUGGUGAUAUCGAUGCUAUAUAUGAUAUCAUUAACUGGCAGAGAACCUCCGAAGGGUAUAUCUCUUUUAAGGUAGUUGGCAGUUAUAAUGCGACCGCACCCUCAGGGCAAGAGAUGAUCAUCCAAAAUGACUCUAUAAUUUGGAAUGAUGACCAGGUUACGCCUCCAUCUUCUGUAUGUAGUGAGAGCUGUCAGCCUGGUACCAGGAAGGGAAUUCGCCAAGGAGAACCUGUUUGCUGCUUUGACUGCAUUCCAUGUGCUGAUGGCGAGAUAACCAAUGAGACAGAUUCAAGAGAAUGCAUUCAGUGUCCUGAAGAUUACUGGUCCAAUGCAAACAGAGAUGAAUGUGUGCAUAAAGUGAUCGAAUAUCUUGGUUACAAUGAUGUGUUGGGAAUGGCAUUAAUAGCACUAUCAAUAUUUGGAGCUUGCGUUGCUGCAGCUAUUGCUGUAGCUUACUUGGUUCGAAAGGAUACUGCCCUUGUAAAAGCUAACAAUCGUGGACUAAGCUUUGUGCUGUUAUUUUCAUUAGUGAUAUGUUUUCUCAGCUCAGUUGUCUUUGUUGGUGAACCAGUGGCAUGGUCCUGUAUGACACGACAGGUUCUUCUUGCUAUUGGUUUUGCUACCUGCCUUUCAUGCAUGUUAUCAAAGGCUGUUAAUCUGAUGCUGAAAGCCAGAGAAACCAAAGCAAAGUCACCCGAAGGCACAACAAAAAAACUUUUCAGCCCUUUGCAGCAAAGAAUUAUUGCAUUGAUCUUUGUCUCAUGCCAUGCUUGUCUCUGUGCAGCUUGGUUAAUAAUUCUCCCCCCUUACCCUGUCAAGAAUACACAGUCUCAAAAUAUCAAAAUAAUUAUGGAAUGCAAUGAAGGCUCUGUAGUAUUUCUGUGUUGCGUGUUAGGGUAUGAUGCAUUAUUGGCUGCUAUUUGCUUUGUUUUUGCAUUCAUUGCUCGGAAAUUACCUGAUAACUUUAAUGAAGCUAAGUUUAUGACUUUUGCCUUGCUUGUCUUUUUUAUUGUUUGGAUUUCUUUUAUCCCAGCCUAUUUAAGCACUCGGGGAAAAUAUAUGGUUGCUGUUGAAAUGUUUGCCAUUUUGGCAUCUAGUUUUGGCUUGGUUGCAUGUCUUUUUGUUCCCAAAUGUUAUAUUAUCUUAUUGAAGCCGGAAAGGAACACAGAGGAAUUAGUUAGCGGCAAAACUGAUACAAAUGACAGGAGUGCACCACCAACCUCACAAUCAUUGACCACUUCAGGAAUAAGCACUGCUUGUUCAUUGGUAACACUCAAUUAA